GGUCAGCUCGAUGUGACCACCGGUUUUGAUAUCACGUGGCCGAACUCAGCCUUCAUCACAAUCGAUCCUAUCAAAGGAGAAAUCCUCUCUAUGGAUGUAUCAGGCGUCCAAGUCAACCCACUUCCGUUAACCUUCAUCACGGGAUCAGGAUGUGUCCAAGUCGCUCUCCGUUUCGGACUGAAAGCCGGUCUGGGCAUCAACCUUCUCGGCACGAGCGCCAACAUCCAAGCAGGUGCAUUCGUCGACGCCCCGGCAUACCAGGCGUGUGCCGAAUUCAACUCCGCUGCACCGUGCGAGCUUGGUCUCACCCAGAAAGUCUUCGGUGAUGCCGGCGCUUUUGCUGAUAUUGCUGUCAAGAUUGACUUCUUGCAAUUUUCAGAAGGUCCGAGUGUCGUGACCACAUUCUUCUCCGCAGAUCUACCUACUGCCUGCUUGGCGAGCACAACAACGCUGGCAAUUGCAAAUACGACCUCGUCCAAGGCUUCUGUCACUGCU